GCCGCUGCUGGUUGGCUGUGGCGGCGCGGCCGCCGCCGGUUGGCUGUGCCGGGGGUGUGUGCCGGGCCGCUCUGCCCGGGGUAAGAUGGCGGCCGUGACCGCGCUGAGGAGCAGCUGCCGAGCCGCGGGGCGCCUGGUUUGCACUCAUCGGGUUAGAUCGUGCAGCAGCAUUCGCUUUAUAAAAUCAAAAUAUGUGUGCGUGUUUGACAAAUCUGCCCUCAAGUUUAGUCAUCAACAGCGAUUAUUCAGAACAUCUCCUGUUUCAUGUGGCCAAAUUGUCCAGUUUAAGCUUUCUGACAUUGGAGAAGGAAUUACAGAGGUGACUGUAAAAGAAUGGUACAUAAAGGAGGGUGACAGUGUGUCUCAGUUCGACAGCAUCUGUGAGGUACAGAGUGAUAAAGCCUCUGUUACUAUCACCAGUCGUUAUGAUGGUGUCAUCAGAAAACUGCAUUACAGCAUAGAUGAUAUUGCUUUUGUUGGAAAACCACUAGUAGACAUUGAAAUUGAUGCUUCAAAAGGUGUUGCCCCAGAAGAAGAUGUUGUUGAAACACCCCCUAUGUCUCAUGAAGAGCACACUCACCAAGAGAUAAAAGGUCACAAAACAUUAGCAACCCCUGCAGUUCGUCGCCUGGCCAUGGAGAACAAUAUUAAAUUGAGUGAAGUUGUUGGGACAGGGAAGGAUAACAGAAUCCUUAAAGAAGAUAUACUCAACUACUUGGCCAAACAAACAGGAGCUAUUUUGCCUCCAUCGCCGAAGGCUGAAAUUGUCCCACCUCCGAGGAAAGCAGAGGCUGUGCCAGCUGCUCCAAAGGACAAAGCACGCAGAAUCCCUGUACCUGUUUCCAGGCCCAUUGCAUUUUCAGGAAAAGAUAAAACUGAACCUGUAACAGGCUUCCAGAAGGCCAUGGUGAAGACUAUGAGUGCAGCCCUGAAGAUUCCCCACUUUGGUUAUUCUGAUGAUAUUGAUUUGACUCAACUUGUCCAGCUGCGAGAAGAGCUGAAGCCUCUUGCUGAAAUCCGGGGAGUUAAGCUUUCCUUCAUGCCUUUCUUCAUAAAGGCAGCCUCUCUGGGAUUGCUGCAGUAUCCCAUUCUUAAUGCUUCUUUGGAUGAGAACUGUCAAAAUGUCACAUACAAGGCUUCACACAACAUUGGAGUAGCAAUGGACACAGAGCAAGGUUUAAUUGUCCCAAAUGUGAAAAAUGUUCAAGUCUGCAGUGUGUUUGACAUUGCUGUGGAAUUAAAUCGCCUCCAGUCCUUGGGCUCUGCAGGCCAGCUGGGAACAAGUGACCUCACUGGGGGAACAUUCACCCUUUCAAAUAUUGGCACAAUUGGUGGCACUUAUGCCAAACCAGUGAUACUACCUCCUGAAGUAGCUAUUGGAGCACUUGGAAAGAUACAGGUUCUUCCUCGGUUUAAUGGCAAAGGUGAAGUAUUUAAAGCACAAAUAAUGAAUGUGAGUUGGUCAGCUGAUCAUCGCAUCAUUGAUGGAGCUACGAUGGCCCGGUUCUCUAACUUGUGGAAAUCUUACUUGGAGAACCCUGCUUCAAUGCUGCUGGACCUUAAAUGAAGGAAACCAUGGCUAGAAUAUGCCUUUAAACUCUGUGGAUUAGACUGAAUAGUUAUAAAAGCUGUCUCUGCUAACAUGUGCCCUUUUGCUACGUGCAUUAUAUAAUAAUGUUAUGUGGUUGAAAGCUCUCAGCAGCUGAUACCAGUCUCAGUUAGUUGUUACUUCUUUCAUUUAGUAUUGCUGUAAUUUCUUCUACAGCAGACUGUCAAACUGAAUAGGUCACAGCUUCUGAAUAUGGUGGUGGAAUGUCUUUAUUUUGCCUUUUAUAAUAAUGAUUGUAAGGCUGGUGUGACUGAGUGCCACUUCUCUACACCUACAGUAUUUAUAAUCUGAAGGGAAAUUUUGGAGGGGAAUACUCAGAGUUCUUCCAUUUUGGACACGUAAAUUUAUUUUAACAAAUAAUAACUGAAUUCCUAAGAGGGAUUAUGCAAAAAUCAUAUCCAAAUAAAAUGCCUUUAAUGCUUCUGCUGUAAGAUGUCCAGAGAGCUUUUUGUUGUUUAACUGAGUAAACCUCUUAAGUCUUUUACUAGUCCACUUUUUCUGGCAAUUACUUGCACAGGUACUCUUUAUCAGACUAUAAAUGAAGAGGCUGUAUGUAUUCAAAUGCUUACUGACAACACUGAUUGAUAACUAUCAAGGCCUUAAUACUCUCUAGAAUAUCCUGUAUUUUUAAAGGCUGAAAGCAGUUUCAGCCCUUAGUGUUUUCCAGUAUUUUUGAUUCAUUUAGAAAGCAUUUGUCAGUUUUAUUAUUCUGUCACUAGAUAAACCUGACAAUAAGUUGAUCAUGACCUAAAAGCUUGCAUUCUGUUAUUGAUAUUCAGAUACUAGAAUCUGAUAGAUUAAUCAGAUUCAACAAAGAAUGAAUGUUAAUACUGUGAGAUAAGGACUUCUUAAACUCAGAUACAAGGCACAUAAGGAAUAGGUUCAACCUAAUGCCUUUAGAACAGAAAACUUAUGCAGCUUUAAGGUAAAUUAAACAGAUCAUGAGGAUUGCACUGCUGAUUUAAUGGGAGAUAUAAAGAAAACUAUUGGAAAUAAAUGCCUUCUAAACACAUAGGUUUCACACAGACACAAGGAAAGACAGUUACAUAGCCUUAAAAAUGAAUUUGUAAUGCACAAAAUGGACAUUUUCUCCUUUUUUUAGAUAGAUCAAAACCAGGAGCAUUCUUCAAAAUUGUAGACCAAAGUUGUGUGUUGCAUUUAGCUGUGAAGAUGUGAGACAGGCUACCAGAGGUAGAGUCCCUGCUAUCCAUGAUGCUGAGACUGAUUAAGAGGAAAGCUGGUAAUGUACGAAGGGGAGUGUGGCGCAUCCAUGUAAGGUGCUAUUAAUAUUUCUAUUGUGGUAUAAGGGUCUUUUAUAUAAAGGUCAUUUCUUGCAAAGUUUGACUAAUAUAUCAUGCUUAUCACUUAUUUCAUUUUUAUCAGAUUUAUUUAUUCCUAAUAAAAAAAAUAAAGCCACAAAGUAUCGUUUUGA